AUGGAGAGCUCACAGAACGGUAGCUGGGAGGCAAAAGUCAAAGCGGCGAGAGAGCGCCUCGCAAAGAAGAUACAGUCUCAGUCUCGACUGGACAUGGCAACCUUUCCACGAGCGGAGGAGCAACCAAUCAGUGCAUUCGAGUUGCUUCAAUCCUCUGGUAUCCUGUCCGGGUGUGACCUUGAGAUCACCCAAUCGACUGAUGUGACCGCCUUACUUGAGAAGAUUCACAAAAAGCAUUAUUCAGCCGAAGCGGUGGUCAACGCCUUCAUCAAGAGGGCAACCCUGGCUCACAGUGUUACGAAUUGCCUGAUGGAUGUCGAUUUUGAGGCAAGCCUGGAGAGAGCAAGAGAGCUGGAUCGUCUUCUCGCAACUACUGGCAGAUUCGUGGGGCCAUUGCAUGGAUUGCCGGUAAGCAUCAAGGACUUGACUGCUGUCAAAAAUCUCCACUACACCAUGGGCUACUUGUCAUGGGCGGAUAAUGUUUCUGAGCAGGAUGCAGUUGUCGUGGCUUCCCUUCGCCAAGCAGGGGCGAUCAUCUUUGCGAAGACUACAAUGCCUCAAUCUGGAAUGGCUCUUGAGACUGUCUCACAGCUCUUUGGUCGCACUCUGAAUCCUCAUAACAAACAUAUGGUUGCUGGAGGAUCUUCAGGGGGAGAGGGAGCCCUAAUAGCCUGUCGAGGCUCCCUUCUCGGAAUUGGGACUGAUAGCGGUGGCUCCAUUCGAAUUCCUGCUGCCUUCAAUGGCUUAUACAGCAUCAAGCCUUCCUCUUCGAGGGUCUCGUACAAGGGCAAUAUGAACAACUCUGGCAGCAUUGGUGCUGCUUCUUCGAUUGGUCCAAUGGCACACAGCGUCCGAGACUUGCGGCUCAUCAUGAAGGUCCUUAUCGACGAUGAACAUUGGCUGAAAGAUGCUGCAAUUGUGGAGAAGCCAUGGCAGGAUAUUAGCAUCGGACCGGAAAGCGAGAUCUCUAUUGGGGUAAUCGAGGACGAUGGCCUGCAUGCCGCGGAGCCCUUCGUUCUGAACGCAUUGCAUAUAGCGAAGGACAAGAUCGAGGCAGAUGGUCAUCAAGUGACUGAUAUCGACCCCAUGCUGUUCGAUUUUGGCAAAGGAGCUUUGGUCAAGGAGCGGCUUUCCUAUGAGCUGGGAAGAGGCUUCAUAAGAAGUGAACUCGACCAGACUGGCGAGCUGCCGAUUGAAGCGAUUAAGCACAAGAUCGAUCACGAUGCGCAAUCGCUCGAAGAGGUAGUCGAGAAUCAUCGGAAUUGGAAGCAGAAUAAAGACGACUUUUUAGCUGCCUGGAUGAAGACGAAACUGUCCACAUCGAACAAGAAGCCCAUCGAUGCUUUAUUGCUGCCCGUGUGCAGCAAAGUGGGCUUUGAGCAUGAUACAUUGCCGCCCCCAGAGUAUGCGAGUAUAUUCAACUUUCUCGACUAUCCAGCCGUGACUCUGCCAGUGACGUUUGUCCCUGAGACUGGCACAGGCUCUACUGGAGACGCUGCUUGCUAUGCAGGAAUGCCGAUCUCUGUGCAGUUAGUUAGCACGACCCUGACCGAAGAAAAAUUAUUGGCUAUCGCAGAAAUUGUGGACAGAGCUAUUCGAGGUUAG